AUGCAUAAUGCAGAAACGUUCCUACAAGUCAACAGUGAUAAUGAUGACUUUGAUCUAUCCAUGGAUGAUUUAACCAACAAUUUUAACUUUAUAAAUAAUUUGAAUAAUAAUUCUUCAACUUCUCAUCACCUUCCUCAUCAUCACACAUGUGUAACAGGUGGUGGUGAUGAUCGAUACAUGUUGUUGAGGGAUGUGAAUGUUAUUCAGAGAAUUGUGGAGGAAACGAAGGGAGAUGUUGCUUUUAGGCCACUGAUUAAAUAUAUAUACAAUAGGAGGGAUUUGUUGCUGAUUGCAUUGAAGAAUAGAUUGGGAUUGAAUGAAUUGGAUGAAUAUUAUGAAAAGAAGGGAAUUAUUCCUUUUUAUUGCUCGGAUAGGGAUUUUAUGAUGCAAGCUGUAAAGAUGAGUGGACAUCACUUGAGUUUUGCAAGUGAUACAUUGAAGAAGGAUAGAGAAUUAGUAUUGGAAGCUGUGAAGAGUGAUGGAAAUGCAAUCUUUUUGGAUCAUUGUUUUGGAUUGGAUAGAGAGAUUGUGUUUACUGCCUUGAAAUCGAAAUAUUUGGUCACUAUUGACUUUUUCAAUAAUGUAUGGUUUAAUGAUAGAGAAUUUGUAGAAUAUGCUGUUAAAUAUAAGGCACGAGUUUUGAAAAAGGCAUUGUUUUUUGUGGAUGAUAAACAAAUUGUAUUAGAUGCAGUGAGGAAGAAUGGAAUGGAUUUGAGGUAUGCUAGUGAGGAUUUGAGGAACGACAGGCUAGUUGUAAUGACUGCUGUUAUUGACGAUGGUGCAGCAAUACAAUUUGCUCCACAAUUUCAAGCUGAUAAGGAAAUGGCUUUAAUAGCUGUCAAGACAAGUCCUCUGGCUCUGUCGUAUCUGCACUUUUCGAUGAAAGCAGAUAAGGAUGUGGCCUUGGCAGCAGUUUCACACUAUGGGCAAUCUAUUCAAUAUGUGAGCCAAUCUCUAAGAACCAAUAGGGAGAUUAUCUUGAAAGCUGUGAAAAAUAAUCUAUCAGCUCUUACCUUUUGUGAUUGUCAUUUUGAUAAGGAAACAGUGUGUGACAUUUUACAGAGAAUCAAACUUUCAGAGGCACCUAUUGGAAUUUAUCCAACAUUUUGCAUUCAAUUGAGGAAACAUAUGGAUUCGGAUAGAAAUUUCACUCUACGAGCUGUGAAUACUCUUGGAGAAUCACUCAAAUAUGCUCCAAAAUCUCAGAGACAAGAUCGAGAAAUAGUCCUAGCAGCCAUCAGAAAUCAAAGCACAACACUAGGAUUUGCAGAGGAGCCACUACAAAAAGAUCCAGAGAUUGGACUCGAAGCAAUCAAUUCACACGACAAGUUUUUCUUUAUUCACAGAAAUCUUCUCUCAGACAGAGAUUUCCUAAUGAAGGCACUCAAGAAGAAUCCUCAAAUAUUCGUCCAACUUGAUUGCUUUCCCUUCUUUGUUCAACAUGUUGAGUUGGUGCUAGAAGCUGUUUCACAUGACUAUACAUUCUUCAGACCUUGUGCUUCUGUGAAUUUUAGUAGAGAAUUUCUGAUUCAAAUAUUGAAUAUUAAUGGACUGUGUUUGGAAUUUAUGGAGCAACAAUACAAAUCAGAUAGAGAACUAGUGUGGCAUGCAAUCAAACAGAAUAUUCAUGCCUUCCCACAUGCUUCAAUUCAAAUGCAAAAAGAUAAGGAAAUGCUACAAUAUGUUUCAAAGAGACUUUUAGGAAUAAUUGAUUGA